AAGAUUCUAAGCUGAGACAUGUAGAAAAAGAUGUUUUGAUUCCACAAAUAAUGAGGGACCGAGCCAAGGAGCUGUGUUCAGAUAAAGUGCAAGCAUUUACUAAAUGCUGUCAAGAAACUGGUCUUCUUAUGGUGGUGAAGUGUCGGCAAGAGAACACAGCACUGAAAGACUGUCUGGUUGGCUACUAUUCUGAUCCAUUAUUCUAUGAAGAAUGCAAAACAGAAUAUUUGAAGCAAAGAGAAGAAUACAGAGCGACUGGAAUUAAGAAAAAAAGACAGAAGUUUACUUCAAAUGUGUAG